GGCGGUACGCGCGGCCCGAGAGGCGGGGGCGGUGGGUGGCCGGGGGCUGGGGGGGGCGUCGCCUCCCUGGGCCUGCCGGGGCGGCCGCCUCCGCUAUGCCGCUGCUAGUCGAGGGGCGGCGAGUGCGGCUGCCACAGUCCGCCGGGGACCUCGUCCGAGCCCACCCGCCUCUGGAGGAAAGAGCCAGACUUCUCAGAGGUCAGUCUGUUCAACAAGUGGGACCCCAGGGCCUUCUGUAUGUUCAGCAAAGAGAGCUUGCAGUGACCUCCCCAAAGGAUGGCUCCAUCUCCAUUCUGGGUUCUGAUGAUGCCACUACUUGUCACAUUGUGGUCCUGAGGCACACAGGUAAUGGGGCCACCUGCUUGACACAUUGUGAUGGAACCGACACCAAAGCUGAGGUCCCCUUGAUCAUGAACUCCAUAAAAUCCUUUUCCGACCACGCUCAAUGUGGAAGGCUGGAAGUGCACCUCGUGGGAGGCUUCAAUGACGACAGGCAGUUGUCACAAAAACUCACUCAUCAACUUCUUAGUGAAUUUGACAGGCAAGAAGAUGACAUUCACUUAGUGACAUUAUGUGUGACAGAAUUAAAUGACCGGGAAGAAAAUGAAAACCACUUUCCAAUAAUAUAUGGCAUUGCUGUCAACAUUAAGACUGCAGAGAUUUACAGAGCCUCCUUUCAAGAUCGAGGUCCAGAGGAACAGCUGCGUGCUGCUCGAGCUUUAGCAGGAGGACCAAUGAUUAGCAUUUACGAUGCAGAGACAGAACAAAUUCGUAUAGGACCGUACUCCUGGACACCAUUUCCACAUGUGGAUUUCUGGUUACAGCAAGAUGACAAGCAAAUACUAGAGAAUCUUUCCACUUCGCCUCUGGCCGAGCCACCCCACUUUGUUGAACACAUUAGAUCUACCUUGAUGUUUUUAAAAAAAUACCCAUCUCCAACUAAUACACUGUUUCCUGGAAAUAAAGCCCUACUCUACAAAAAAAAUGAAGAUGGCUUGUGGGAAAAGAUCUCUUCAGGAAACUAAAAAAUAGGAAUUACCAAAGAAAGCACCUUCUUGGCCUGACAGAGACCAUGGAGCUGGCAAGAAUCUGAAUUUAGAACCUACAUCCAUUGGGUCUUAGGUCUCCCUUUCUCAGUGUCUUUCAAAUGACUUGCAAAAUAAAACGUUAUUUUGGCAAAGGCA